CUCGGCUGACGCUCUGGGUGCGUGAUGGGGGGGGUGGGACCCCGAGCCCGCAGCGCAGCUGUGUGCGGGCGGGCGCGUGUGUUUGCGUGGGCGUCGUGUCGUAUCUCCACCGGAGUUCAUUGCUCCGGAGCCGCUCGGUCUCCAGCGGUGCACGAGGCGCCUGGGGGGGUCUGGUUGACCGGUCCCAGCUGGCCGGUGGGCGGCCUAGGGGGCGGGGCGGGCGACUCGGCCCUCCUCCUAGGCGCACCCCUCCUCCCGGGCGCACCCCUAAGGGAAGAAAGACACCCGGGGCCGCGAGGAAAAGUUUCUUCCAGGCAGGGCCGGCUCGUCGCUGCCCCGCACACCGUCAGGGUUAGACCGCCUUCCUCACUGCGGGGCUUGGAACCUCCAGCCCACCGGCAGCGCAACCCAGGCCGCCCGGCCAGCCUCGGCCCCGGGGACGCAGGGAGCAGCCCGGGAGCGCGGAGCCACUGGCUGUCCACGCGGGGACCGUGGGCACCCACCCGCCAGGCUCCCAGCCACUCUCCCCCGCAACUUUGCGUGCUUUGUUCACUGGCUGGAAAUGAUUCGCCGAAGCGCCUUGGACAGGGUCUUAGCCAGUCGGCUAGGGCUCGGCCCGGAGACGUGUUAUGCUCUCAGCUUCCCAUCAAUUAUGGAUGGAAACAAAUAAGGAAGAGUCAAUUUUGUAUGAGCCGCUUUCUUCCGUGGCCAGAGGCGUCCUGUAGCCGGGAGCAGCGGCAGGGAAGGCGAGCUCAACAUCCAGGUAGCUAGGUGGGACUUCUGAGGAGGGGUCGCUCAGAUUUCUUCUUGGCCAACCAUGAGGUUCUUUCUGCUUUGCUUCCACGUGCUGUUCCUUCUGGUCUCCAGGUUACGGGCAGUCAGCUUCCCGGAAGACGACGAGCCCCUUAACACUGUUGAUUAUCACUAUUCAAGGCAAUAUCCGGUUUUUAGAGGACGCCCUUCAGGCAACGAAUCGCAGCAUAGGCUGGACUUUCAGCUGAUGCUGAAAAUUCGAGACACACUUUAUAUUGCUGGCAGAGAUCAAGUCUAUACAGUGAACUUAAAUGAAAUCCCCAAAACAGAGGUCAUACCAAGCAAGAAGCUGACGUGGAGGUCCAGGCAACAGGAUCGAGAAAACUGUGCUAUGAAAGGCAAGCAUAAAGACGAGUGCCACAACUUCAUCAAAGUAUUUGUUCCAAGAAACGAUGAGAUGGUUUUUGUUUGUGGUACCAAUGCUUUCAACCCCAUGUGUAGAUACUAUAGGUUGAAUACCUUAGAGUAUGAUGGGGAAGAAAUUAGUGGCCUGGCACGAUGCCCAUUUGAUGCCAGACAAACCAAUGUUGCCCUCUUUGCUGAUGGGAAACUGUAUUCUGCCACAGUGGCCGACUUCCUGGCUAGUGAUGCUGUCAUUUAUAGAAGCAUGGGUGACGGAUCUGCCCUUAGAACAAUAAAAUAUGAUUCCAAAUGGAUCAAAGAACCACACUUUCUUCAUGCCAUCGAAUAUGGAAACUAUGUCUAUUUCUUCUUCAGAGAAAUCGCUGUGGAACAUAAUAACUUAGGCAAGGCUGUGUAUUCCCGCGUGGCUCGCAUUUGUAAAAACGACAUGGGUGGCUCCCAGCGGGUUCUGGAGAAGCACUGGACUUCCUUCCUGAAGGCCAGGCUUAACUGCUCUGUCCCCGGAGAUUCCUUUUUCUACUUUGAUGUUCUGCAGUCCAUCACAGACAUAAUCCAAAUCAACGGCGUCCCCACCGUGAUUGGGGUCUUCACCACGCAGCUUAACAGCAUUCCUGGUUCUGCAGUCUGUGCCUUUAGCAUGGACGACAUUGAGAAGGUGUUCAAAGGGCGAUUCAAAGAGCAGAAAACCCCAGACUCUGUUUGGACGGCAGUUCCCGAAGACAAAGUACCAAAACCAAGGCCUGGCUGCUGUGCCAAGCAUGGCCUUGCAGAAGCUUACAAAACCUCCAUCGACUUCCCAGACGAGACCCUGUCUUUCAUCAAAUCCCAUCCCCUGAUGGACUCUGCUGUUCCCCCCAUUGCUGAUGAGCCCUGGUUCACAAAGACCCGGGUCAGGUACAGGUUGACGGCCAUCGAAGUGGACCGUUCGGCGGGGCCCUACCAAAACUACACCGUCAUCUUUGUCGGCUCUGAAGCCGGCGUGGUGCUGAAAGUGUUGGCAAAGACCAGCCCUUUCUCUUUGAAUGACAGUGUAUUGCUUGAGGAGAUUGAAGCUUACAACCAAGCCAAGUGCAGCGCUGAGAGCGAGGAGGACAGAAAGGUCGUCUCGUUACAGCUGGACAAAGAUCACCAUGCUUUGUACGUGGCCUUCUCUAGCUGCGUCGUCCGCAUCCCCCUCAGUCGCUGUGAGCGCUACGGAUCCUGUAAAAAGUCUUGCAUCGCAUCGCGUGACCCGUACUGCGGUUGGUUAAGCCAGGGCGUUUGUGAGAGAGUGACCCUAGGGAUGCUGCUGUUAACCGAAGACUUGUUUGCUUCCCAUAACCACAGCGCUGGAGGAUUUGAGCAAGACACAGAGUACGGCAACACGGCCCACCUAGGGGACUGCCACGGUGUACGGUGGGAAGUCCAAUCUGGAGACUCCAACCAGAUGGUCCAUAUGAAUGUCCUUAUCACCUGUGUGUUCGCGGCUUUCGUCUUGGGCGCAUUCAUUGCAGGCGUGGCUGUAUACUGCUACCGCGACAUGUUUGUUCGCAAGAACAGAAAGAUCCAUAAAGAUGCGGAAUCAGCCCAGUCAUGCACAGACUCCAGCGGAAGCUUUGCCAAGCUGAAUGGUCUCUUUGACAGUCCCGUCAAGGAAUACCAACAGAACAUUGAUUCUCCUAAACUCUAUAGCAACCUGCUGACCAGUCGGAAGGAGCUGCCACCCAACACGGAUACAAAAUCCAUGGUCAUGGACCACCGAGGCCAGCCUCCAGAGCUGGCUGCUCUCCCCACUCCAGAGUCCACACCUGUACUCCACCAGAAGACCCUGCAGGCCAUGAAGAGCCACUCUGACAAGGCCCACGGCCAUGGUGCUUCAAGGAAAGAACAUCCCCAGUUUUUUCCUUCUAGUCCUCCACCCCAUUCCCCAUUAAGUCACGGGCACAUUCCCAGUGCCAUUGUUCUUCCAAACGCCACCCACGACUACAAUACGUCAUUUUCAAACUCUAAUGCUCAUAAAGCUGAAAAGAAACUUCAGAACAUCGACCAUCCUCUUACAAAGUCGUCCAGUAAGAGGGAGCACCGGCGUUCUGUGGAUUCCAGAAACACCCUUAACGAUCUCCUGAAGCAUCUAAAUGACCCAAACAGUAACCCCAAAGCCAUCAUGGGAGAAAUCCAUAUGGCCCAUCAAACCCUCAUGCUGGACCCAGUAGGACCUAUGUCUGAGGUCCCACCCAAGGUCCCUAACCGGGAGGCAUCUCUGUACUCCCCUCCCUCAACACUCCCCAGAAAUAGCCCAACCAAGAGAGUAGAUGUCCCCACCACUCCUGGGGUCCCAAUGACAUCUCUGGAAAGACAAAGGGGUUAUCAUAAAAAUUCCUCCCAGAGGCACUCUAUAUCAGCCGUGCCUAAAAACUUAAACUCACCAAAUGGUGUUUUGUUAUCCAGACAGCCGAGUAUGAACCGUGGAGGAUAUAUGCCCACUCCCACCGGGGCGAAGGUGGACUUUAUUCAGGGGACACCUGUGAGUGUCCAUCUGCAGCCUUCCCUCUCCAGACAGAGCAGCUACACCAGUAAUGGCACCCUCCCCAGGACGGGACUAAAGAGGACACCAUCCUUAAAACCUGAUGUGCCGCCAAAGCCUUCCUUUGUCCCUCAGACCACGUCUGUCAGGCCACUGAACAAAUACACUUACUAGGCCUCCAACGUGCUGUGCUAUUCCCGUGUGGCUUUAUCCUGUCCCGGUUGUUGAGAGGUCGCUGUGAGGGUACCUUAAGACAAGAUACCUGCUUGUAUUUGAAGAGAAACAAGUAGCCAAAGAAACUCUGUAACUUUGGUAACACCAGAACUUGCCACAUGUAGCUACUGCAGCAAGGCUUCUGUGUACUUGCCUGAGACAAAGGGAGGUACUGGUCAUUCCAUUUCUCUCGUUUGGAGCCGAAGGGGCUUUGCAGCCUGCCAGGGCUCCCUUCACCAGUAUAAAGAGCUGAUAGAGUACUCAGAAGACUGAACAAAUACUUGAAAAUGGGUUCAAUUCAGACUGCCAUUCUGUGUGGUCUUCCCAUUAAAUGUGAACAUUUUAAUAUUGUAUGCAUUCACCUUGCCUCUUGCACAAAUGUCAAAAUGAAAAGAUGGGAAUGUCUCAAAACAAAAUGAGCUUGUAGAUUACCAAGCAGUUUGCUAAAAAAAAAAAAAAAUUCAAUCUUGGACCCAAACUGUAGCAUUUUUUUUUUCAUGUGUGGCACUGUUUUUUUUUUUUUUUUUAUUUGAUGCCACCAACAAAAUUGUGUCAGAGUGUGUGUGUGUGUGUGUGUGUGUGUGUGUGUGUGUGUGUGUAGUAAGAUAGUUCUGUACCCAUUAGGAUUUAUUUAGGUGCCCAUUGCAUCUUUUUGUACUAUGGAGUUGUUUACACUGAGCAUGAUUGAAGACAACUAGCUUCCUCCCACACCAGUCCAUUGUGUUCAGCUCCGAGAAAGGAAGUCGAGGCUCCUUAUGACUGUCAAAUGAUUAACUUAACCUAUGUGGUACCCAAUGUCAGAACAUUUAAGAGUUCUAAAUAAUUUUGUGCUGCUAUUCAUCAAAACUUCUAUUCCAGCCUUGCCAGCUUAAGAAGUUAGAGAUAUUAAGAGGUAUCCUUGAUGUAUCUACCAGUAUUCAGUAGUAACAUUUACCUGUCCACUGUGAAUUAAAGCCUGAGGCACGCUACUUAACCCCGGACACACUCCUAAGUGUUUAUUUUGAUUGUGUUAUUUUAUUUUCCGUAUAGCAAAAGUUUUCUUCUGUUAACUCUUCCCUCCCCCAAGACAAAAAGAGAGAACCCAAACAGAGGACAAAAGAAAGAGACAGAACAGGAAUGACAGGCAGUUGGCUGGCCAGGGAGGGUCUGAAAAGCCACUGGUGGUGCCGUCCUGGCCUCUGUGUUGCGUUCUGAGGAUUUUCUCCUGAGUCAUGCAGGCAAUGACAGUCAGCUGUAAAUACCACAUGUGAGUUUACCUGGAUCUGUGCAUUUUGUGCCUUAUUCACGAGAGUGGUAGAAGUUCUGCACUACAUUGAGUGUUUCCCCUAUAGCGCAUCCUUUCCCAGGCGCCGGUUGCAGAUGUUUUUCAGCCAGCACCUGAGGACUUCUUACAAAGUUAUGCAGCAACCUAGAGUAAUUUGUUGUUGACCCCCCCUCCUUCCCCCCCACACACACCAGAAUCAGAAGCAGCAUCCGCCCCCUUGUCAUGAUAAACAUUCCAGCCCUGCUCUUCUGAUAAUGUGAAGGCAGAUGACGGUUCCCAGGGAACGUGGCACCUGAGGAAACCAUGUCUAAAGUCAUUUCUACGUAGCUUGGCAGGGCCCACUGACGGCUGACGAUGUGCAGCCUACUGACGACUUUGGUUAACUCACUGCACAUGGCCCAGUCAUUUACCCAACCUAAUCUAGAAAUUACCGCAGCUGAGAAAGGCUCCUGACCCAGCCAGGUAAAGUCAACCAAUAUCUUGGGACAGUGACGAUGGAAUGCAUUACUUGUGGGGAGGGAUGGGUGCAGAACACCAGAUCAUUUUUAUACAGAAUGUAGAAUACUGAUGGAGUUGGUCUUUUCCUUCAAGAACAUUCUUUUCUAGAGAAAAAUGAUUCCCUGUGAUUUCUUGGGAGCUCAAAAGCUGAAACACCUGUCCUCAAACUACUUCAGCUUUGCAACUAAAAUAUUACAGUUUAAUCAAUUAAACCAACCAACAAUAAGCACUACGCAGUCUGCCACCAACAACGUGUUUGCAUUUACCUUACCGAUAUUAAUCCCAGCGUGGUAACUCUGUGUGACCCUGAUAACAUUUUGUAACAUUGUGCUGCCUUAGAGUGUACUGUGAGUUCUAUCAGUAUUUAUGUUGAAAUUUCUAACAUGGAUUCUAGUCUCUAUUCUGUUAAUUUAAUUUUAAAUGCUUUAUCCAUUUGUGCAAAGGUAAACACAGAUUGUAUCUUUUUUAAUGGUACGGCAUAAAAAAUAACCCUAAAGUGAAGUGGCUCUAUACUGUUUUAUAGAGUACUUUAACAUGUAUAGAUAUCUUGUAAACUUGUAUUGUGGAUGUGUAAAUAAUAUGUACUUUGGGUUUUUAACACCGCAUGUAAAGUCAAAAUAAAAUAUCCAAGUCAUUA